CCAGCUUAAAGCGGCACUCGGUUAUACGAGAGGAACAGUGACUUUACAGUUAUACUGAUUCGACAUAGCUGUAGCGGUUGGCCAGAUUAGCAGCCAUUUUGUUCACUAAUGUCGAUCAAGGUGAAUUGUCACAGCAGUUGUAGCGUAGACCUGUGGUAACAACUUAGCGAGAUGAUCAGACCUCUAGCAUCAGAUUCCUCCACUAUUUCAACAAUGGAGUUCUCAGGCUCCGUCAGCCCCACGGAUGACCGUGCGGACAGAGCAAGACCCCAGGAACGGCGAAUGCGACGUUUCCAACCCCACUGGCAGGAUGCAUAUCCCUGGGUAUUCUUCGACGAGGUUUUGGGAAAGAUGUUCUGCAGAAUCUGCAAAGAAAACCCCGAUGUUUCAGAUCCAGCUUCCGCUUACUUUACAGGAGGUUGUUCCAACUUCCAGAUCAUGUCGCUCCAGAGUCAUGCCAAGAGCAAAGGUCAUAUCAGUGCUGAGGAAGUCGCUCGAAUGAAGUCGGGGGUUGGCGUAGACGUCUUCCACACCUGGAGCCCUGACCAGACGUCAACAGAUGCAUCAUCUCCAUCGUCAUCUUCUGGACCUGCUAUUGCCGGACAUCCGAUGCAGUUUGCUCACCCAAUUCACCUAUUCACCAACAACGUCAGGUCGUCUCAUUACAAGAGCACAACUGAUAUGAUUAAUGAAGGUUUCAGGGCCAUGCACGACAGACUUUUGAAAAAUAUGGACACGACACGUUCAGAAGGUUCUGUGUUCCCUGUCAGACAGCUUGCUCCCCACACAGCACCAUCUCAGUGUGUGGUAAAGCAACAGUAUCGCCCCAGCUCCACCUACCACAACGUUGACUCUGUAGACAGUCCGAGAGAAUCCCCCGGGACAUCCCAGAGUUAUGUCACACAAGUUUGUCCCUCGCACAAAGUGAAAGCCAUGUUUUUAAAUGCACAUGCUGCCGCGAAGACAGGCAUGUCAAAACAGGACUACACGUGGAUGUGUGACCUGGACAAAGCCAAAGGACUGGACAUGGGGGACCACCACAACGCUGGAGAAUGCCAAAUUAUACAGAAACUGAUUGCAAAUUCUGUAACUCCUCGACUUCGAGCUGCGAUUGAGAAAUGUAGACACUUCUCAGUUAUAUGUGACACAGUAAGGUCACGCACUGCUGACCUGCUUGUCUUUUACAUAAAAACAAUUGAACGAGGAAAACCACGAUUUUACGUAUUGAACGCACAAACUGUUGACGCAAAGCAGGAAGGGUGUUUUUCGGAACAGUUAGAGAAGGCUUUGGGAAGAGAACUAGAUGGCAUCAGCUGGAAACCCAAGCUGAUUGGCGUCCUCCAUAACGUGGACAUGAAGUGGUAUGAGGGCAAGGAAGUCGCAGUCCGCCAUGUACCUAAACCAGAGAAAGCAGCCAUCAAAAUAAAAACAGAGCCAGGUGUGCCACCUCCACCACCAUCACCUCCACCGGAGGCGUCACUACAGGACGGUUUUUUGCCGCCUCCGCCGUUUGCGCAUCGAUGUCUUCUCCACCGAAUUCAGCUGUUUGUGACGGAGACAAUCAGGCCACUUCCUUACGAUAAACAAAUCUCAGACGGUCUCAGAUUGGUGAAGCAACUUUGUGAGGAUGUGUUCCCCGAUUCCGCGUUCCAGAACAGCACAGAGUCACUGUGUGAGGAGACAACGUGGCCUUCAGCUAGACUUGCCGAUGUUCUUGUUUUCACAAAGAAGUUCUCCAGUAUUAUUGAAGUAUUAAGCAAGCAGGAGAACAGGAGUUGUCCAAGUAUCCCUGACGUGGUGGAUUUCUUCAAGUCCCAUCGGUUUGUCAAAUAUAUUCACUUUUUAUCUGACCUUCUGGGAGUUCUCGACAACGCUUUCCAAACCCUUGGGAAAAGCUACACCACCAUUGGAGAGGUGUAUGAGACUAUCAGCGACACCAUCGACAACGUAAAGAAAUUACAAAAAAGAUCGGGACAACAGCUUGUGAAAGUUGAAAAAGACCCAGAAUUCCAAGGCUUCUUCCUAUCGACUGAAGGAAUGGAUGAUUUUGAGACGGACCGGGAAUUCAUUCUGACGUCACUCGUCGCUGACCUUGCACCUCGAUUGUGUGACCUUCGGGAAGACAAGAUGGCCGCGAUGGCAAAACUUGCAAGCCUUCAACAAUGGCCUGUAGACACAGAAGACCUGAAAGACUAUGCCGAUGAGGAUCUGCUACUGAUUGUUGAGACUUACGGCAAUAUCCUGCGCGAAGGCGGAGUCGACAUCGACAAGUGUCUGAUGGAGUGGUCUCAAUUGAAAAACCAUGUCCGGCGGAGAUUUUCAAGUCCUGUUAAUACAUCGUGGGAAAGCAUCAUACCGACUUGUAAGGGCAAGUGUGAGAAUGUCCUCGCCGUUCUAUCGUUUAUUCUCACCCUUCCUGGACAGUCGGUUGAAGUUGAAAGGGGGUUUCACUAUCUUCAGCGACGAAAUAAAGUGGAGAGCCUGGAAGCCGAUGAAGUGCGCGACCAGCUGCGAAUUUUCCAUAACUUGCCGAACAUCGGUGACUUCGACCCGGAACCACACGUUGAAACUUGGCAAGAACACAAUAUUCAAGAUGGCGGGCCACCUAAGAAGAAAUCUCGCCGCAUCACACCGGAAGAAGAUGACGAAGCAUAUCCACUGUUCUUCUCAGAGUAGAUCAUAUUCUUCAUUUGAAAACAAGAUGGUUCAUAAUUAUGUACAUUGACUUACUUGAUGUUUUUCUUAGGGAAAAAGUGGAAGAUAAAUGUCUGCAUGUACAUUCUUAAUGUUUCGAAAACACAUCAAAGCAUGCAUUUAUCCUCUGAACUUCAUGGUACAGUCAUGAUGUCACGUACAAGGUAUUACGGACAGCGGUAGAAUAGGUCUUCAGCAACCCAUGCUUGCCGUGAAGGCGACUAUGCUUGAAGUAAGAGGUGACUAAUGGGAUCGGGUGGUCAGGCUUGCUGACUUGGUUGAUGCAUGUCAUCGUAUCCCAUU